AACGCAUUACAGUUCUCGGCGCUUCCGAAAACUAAGAGCGUCGCUCUGGCGUUUCUAGACUUACUGUAUAUGGCUCCCACAGGGAGCCGCAUGCGGUUCUGCAAUGAGGUGCCGCCUUGCGCGAUUCGGCGUUGCGACCAACGUCGGUUGCGACGUCGUGCGCUUUUUCGUCGAGGGGCAGCCAUGGGGCAGCGGCAAAAAUGUCCGCCGCGGAACGAGCUUUCGCCGCGUCUGUUGCAUGGCUGUCUCGCUCGGCGACCUCCACGUUGAUCGCACUUCUUUAAAUCCUACGUAGCUCCGAAACCACCGUGGUAUAUACUGCGUAGAGUUUCCUGUGUGCCCGACGACAACUUUCGGUGGCAGCACAAAGCUACGUGCAAGCGCUAGCACGUGCGCAGCUCCCGCUCCUGUGUUACUACGCCAAGUAGCGCCGACGUUUUGAUGGCGGUUUACAAAAGCUCUGUGGUUUACAAGACCAGGAAAACCAGACAUGGACACCGGAAAGCCAUAAAACUAGGAACAGUAAGAAACGGAAAACAUUUUCCUAUGCUAGCUUUUUUUUUUUUUUUGUUGUUGUUGUUGUUAUGAAAUAUGCUGCUCCCUUGAACAAAAAAAAAUAUCUACGAGAAAAUAUCAUUCUGCUACGGGGUAACUCAAACACAAAGCCUUUCAGCUGCCGUUUGUUUUUGUGGGAGAACCACGCGCGGGGCACAAAAAAAUCCGACCAACUAUAGGCUAACAGCUUCACUGUAAAAAAAAAAAAAAGAAAGAAAGAAAACUGUAAGGUUUUAAGCUGCGUAGCUUCCAGAUGCUUACAUUCGCGGACUACAUGCACGUGCGCAGCAAAUAAAUGUGUGCUUCGGUUCCGUAGCUUUCGCUGCGCUGCCACAGAAAGUUGUCGCCGGUUGUAUAGUAAGUGUCCCAGGAAACACGGUGGGGAUUUGAAAUAUGUGGGUGUCGGAUAGGCGCCUUUCACUUGGAUGCAAAGAGCACUUGCACGAGACAAGCGGAGGAGGAACGCGCCGGAAAGCAGUGCACGUGCUCCAGCUGAUUGAUGACGCGACGAUCGCGGUUACUCUCUGGUAAGAACUGACCGUCCGACUGUCGCCGACACUCGGCGAAGCGAACGCCCGUACCGACAAAUGUCAGAUGAUGAUGAUGAUAGUGCCCUCAAGUAUAGUGAACUAGAAGAUAUUCUAGUACACUGUACCUCAAGCGUCUUUCCAUUCUUUAUUUCACUAUCGUCAUCAUCGUCUGCCAUUUGCCUGCACGGGCGUUCGUUUCGCCGAAGUUUCGCCGAAUGUCGGCGACAGUCAGACGGGCAUCCGAUUGUGGUCGACCAUGAAUCCGAGCUGCGACGAGCCAAACCCUGGUGCGAACAGCGUGCUUCUUUCGGAAGAUGAGCCUCCGACAAUGGACGGGGACCCCGGGGCACCUAACCAGAGCGGGAAUCCCGGAGAAGAGUUGCGUAACGGCACGCGCGGCCGCGUGAGAUCCUGGCCGUGCAACGUCUGCUCCAGAAACUUCAGAACCCGAUGCGCAAUGCGCGACCACGUGCCCACGCAUGCGAACGAGAAGCCGCACUGCUGUCCCGUGUGCGGCAAAAGAUUCGCCCGGCAGAAGUACCUCACUAACCACAGCCGGAUUCACACGGGAGAAAAGCCGUACCAGUGCGACGAGUGCGAUCGAAGGUUCGCCUGCGGGACGGACCUCGCGAGGCACGCUCGCACGCACACGGGCGAGAGACCGUACAAGUGCGCAAUGUGUCCCUCGGCGUUCUCCAGGAAGAACUCUCUCAACUGCCACCUCCUGAUGCACACCGGUCAGAGACCACACCAGUGCACCACGUGCGGGCAGUGCUUCAGGAUGGCGCACCACCUCACGUACCACGUGCGGAUUCACACGGGAGAAAAGCCCUACCGCUGUCCCACGUGCGACAAGAGAUUCUCUCAGAAGAAGUACCUCAGCAGCCACGCUCGCACACACACGGGAGAAAAGCCGUACCGGUGCGACGAGUGUGACCGCAGGUUCGGUACCAGAGAGGACGUCGUGAGGCACACUCGUACGCACACGGGCGAGAGACCGUACAAGUGCACGACGUGUUCCUCGGCGUUCUCCGAGAAGGGUUCCCUCAACCGUCACGUCUUGACGCACACCGGUCAGAGACCGCACCGUUGCAACACGUGCGGGCAGCGCUUCAGAAUGCCGCAUCAUCUCGCGUACCACGUGCGGAUUCACACGGGAGAAAAACCCUACCGCUGUCCCGUUUGCGAAAAGAGGUUCACCCAGAAGACGAGCCUCACGACUCACGCCCGUACGCACACAAAGAAGUUCAACCAGCCAAUCUUGCCGUCGCCAACGUGGUUCGUUCGGGAAAGCCUCUUCUGGUCGGACACAUCGCGGGAGGCAGGAGCGCUCGCCCGCUCACCACGAUCGGCUCGUACCCCAGCAGCGACCAUGGCAGCAACCACUGAGUCCAAUGGUGGCCAAGCAGGUCCUGAGAAAGACAGCGCUCAAGGUUCCAGUGAUUCGGGUACCAUCGAUGACGACACAGGGGCCUGCGACAGGUCUGAGGCGCAGCGGGCAAUGCGUGGACACAGGCGGCGGUCAGGCAUCAACUCCCGGAUGUGCGGCAUCUGCGAGAAGACCUUCAGCAACCGCUCGGCCGUGCGGAGACACCUGGCGACUCACACGGGCGAAAAGCCUUUUUCGUGCACCGUAUGUGGCCGGCAAUUCGCUCUGAAAGGGAAUCUCAUGGCCCACAGUCUCACACAUUCAGGAGCCAAGCCCUUCGAGUGCCCCUUAUGUCCCUGGGCAUUCUCACAGCGGUGCUCGCUGAAGCGCCACCUUCGAAGGAAGCACAAGGGAAUGGUGGAACAGCCAUUUCGCCUUUCAGCGCAGGUCCUGGUGCAGCCAAAGCACCGAUUUGGCACUGCGACAAGCACUUUUGGCACAAGGUCCAACACAGGAUCUGAAGUGCUUACCAGGAUCCAUGCAGGCCAACGUGUGUUUGAAUUCCAUUUGUGCCCUCGGAGCUUCUCGCGAACGUUCAAGCUGAAGCAACACCUGCACACUCACACAGCCAAAAGGCCAUUUCAGUGCCCUUCACGCUCUCAGAGUUUCUCACAAAAAGUUAUUCUAAAGCAACACCUGUGCAUCCACAGAGGCGAGAUGCCAUUUCAUUGCCAUUUAUGCGCUAGAAGCUUCACAGUAAAGUCUGCAUUGAAGGAACACCUGCGCAUUCACACAGGAGAGAAGCCAUUUCAGUGCCCUUCAUGCCCUCGAAGAUUCCCACGAAAGAGUAAUCUCAAUCGACACCUGCGCACCCACACAGGUGAGAAGCCAUUUCAAUGCCCAUCUUGCCCUCAGAGCUUCUCACAAAAGAGUCAUCUGGACCAGCACCUGUGCACCCACACAGGUGAGAAGCCAUUUCAAUGCCCAUCGUGCCCUCAGAGCUUCUCACAGAAAAAUACUCUGAACCAACACCUGCGCACCCAUACAGGCGAGAAGCCAUUUCAAUGCCCUUCAUGCCCUCAAAGCUUCUCACAAAAGGGUACUCUGAACCAACAUCUGCACACCCACACAGGCGAGAAGCCAUUUCAUUGCCCUUCAUGCCCUCAGAGAUUUUCACAAAAGAGUAAUCUGGACCAGCACCUGCGCACCCACACAGGCGAGAGGCCAUUUCAGUGCCCUGCGUGCCCUCAGGGAUUUUCACAAAAGAGUAAUCUGAACCAGCACCUGCGCACCCACACAGGUGAUAAGCCAUUUCAAUGCCCGUCUUGCCCUCAGAGCUUCUCACAAAAGAGUCAUCUGGACCAGCACCUGUGCACCCACACAGGUGAGAAGCCAUUUCAAUGCCCAUCAUGCCCUCGGAGCUUCUCGCAGAAAAAUACUCUGAACCAGCACCUGCGUACCCACACAGGAGAGAAGCCAUAUCAGUGCCUUGCAUGCCCUCAGAGCUUCUCACAGAAGAAUGCUUUGAACCACCACCUGCGCACCCACACAGGAGAGAAGUCAUUUCAGUGCCCUUUAUGCCCUCAAAGCUUCUCACAAAAGUCGACAUGGAAGGUUCACCUGCACUUCCACUAAUGUGAGAGACUGUUUCAGAGCCAUUCAUAUCCUGAGAACUUCUUGUGGAAGUCUGCAUUAAACCAACAGCCACACAUCCACACAGGCGGGUGGUCAUUUCAGUGCCCUGCAUGCCCUCAGCAAUCCUCAAAAGUCCUUACUGAAGGACUAUGUGUGCAUCCACUCAGCGAGAGGCCAUGUCAGUGCACUUCAUGUACUCAUGGAAGUUCGCACUGCACUUCCACUAAUAUGAGAGGUUGUUUCAGGGUCCUUCAUGUCCUGAGAACUUGUCGUGGAAGUCUGCACUGUACUGACACCCGCUCGCCCACACAACGUCCGUAGUGAAGGAUCACCUGUGUAUCCACACGGGGAGACACCAUGUCAGGGCUCUUCAUGUCCUCAGAGUUACUUGCAGAAGUUCGCACUGAACUGACACAUGCACAACCCACAUAAGCAAGAGGCUGUUUCAGUGCCAUUUCUACCGUCAAACCUUCGGACAUAAAAGCCACCUCAAUAGGCACCUCGCCACCACAAGUGCACCUGACAUGUGCGGUGCAGCAGCGCUGAGUUGUGUGCACUCUUCAUUGUUCCUUCUUGCUUCUCAUGUUUUCCUUAGUUUUUUCAUGGAAGCUCAGCAUAUGUGUAGGCCUGUAGUUCUAUACUAGGAUGAAACAUUGCAAGUCUUCACUUUUCAUUAUUAUGAUGUUUUAGCUCUUUGUUGCAGACAAGCACUUCUUUCUGCAUUGAAGCAUUUAACUGCUCUUUACUAAAUCAAUUGUGCGAGUUCGUUUCAGCGCACUAAAUAAAAUUUGGGAUUGGGUUUUGUUAAUUAUUGAUAUUUCAAUACUUGCACUAAUAGCAUGUAAUGUUUCAAUUCAUUCGCAUUUAUUGUGCUGAACACGAAGAGAAUUUGAGUGGCUAUUUACUAUUGCUAUGGAAUACAGUUAAACCAACCUUUUCUCAGGAAUUGAAAUUAUGCAAUUACUAUGUACUUUUUUUAUUCCUAUGAUUCAACUGGUUUCAGUGAUACUAAAUGCACUGGUAUGAAAUUUUUUUGCUCAUAAAGAUCCAUGCAGACCUUUGAGAACCUUGAAAAUUGCUUCAUAAUAAAACAUUGUUCUCAUGGAUUGAA